AUGAGGGAAAGCAUACCAGUAGAAGAAAAGCUUCUUAUAACUUUAAGGUACCUAGCUACUGGUUGUUCAUUUGUCGAUAUGCACUAUGCUUUUAAAAUUGGAAAAUUCACAGUAAGUUUAAUCGUUCAAGAAGUUUGUAAAGCAAUAUGGACACAUGCUAAACAUAUUACUUUUCCAUCGUUAACUACUGAGAAAUGGCUCCAAAUAGCCGAAGGAUUUAAGAAAAAUGCAAAUUUUCCGCAUUGCAUAGGAGCCAUCGAUGGAAAACAUAUAAGGAUGAUAAAACCGGCUAAUAGCGGCUCUAUGUUCUAUAACUACAAAAAUUAUUUUUCAAUGGUCCUUUUUGCAAUGUGUGAUAGCAAUUAUUUAUUUACAUACGCAGACGUUGGCUCAUAUGGAAAAUCUAGUGAUUCUGGAAUUUUAAAAAUUCCACUAUAUGAAUAA